AUGUAUUUGUCAUUUUCCGCGGAAAGAUCUUGGCAGGAUGCACAAAGCACGUGCGAGCUGAUGGGCGGCCAUCUUGUAACCAUAACAACGCAGGAAGAAAACAACUUUGUCCUUGGCCUACGAGAUGACCCUUUAUCUGACACGUGGGUAGGCGCAAAUGACCUUUCGAUCGAGGGCGAUUUCAUCUGGGUAACAGGAGAGGAGUGGACGUACAGCAAAUCUACCAAUGCGGACGCGUGGGCUGGCUCUCAGGAUGAAAACGAUUGUAUGCUUAUUAAACGCAAUCAGUUUGAAAGUCUACUUUUCUCCAACAAAUUCGAUGACGCAAAUUGUAGCCGUUUAGUGAAGUUUGUCUGCGAAAUGUCGUUGUAG